AUGAAAGGCACCCGCCUGCAGGAGGUGAACGCGAGGGGCGACACUGCUGCCAUUGCAGCACAGCUGAAGGCAAUCGAAGAAAGCGAAGGAACAGCGACGCAGAAGGCGCGCGACCAGGGGGCGCUUCUCCACGAGUGCGAGCAGCGAUGGCCGCAUGAAAUGCUUGACAAGCGCCGUACUUGA